AUGGCAAGUACAAGCAAUUCCGGCACCACUAACGUUAACACCAAUGCAAUUCGGUCUGCUGCAGCACUGGGGGCAGGAAUGGCACGGUUGGAGCGCCGGAUUGGUGAUCUCGAAGAGGAUAACUUGGUACUACGGACCGAGCUAGAUGAGAACCGAAGGGAGGGGAACGAGCUUCGUGCUGAGUUAGAGCUUCUACGCAAUUAUGUUGAUUGCGGAUUGGUAGAGCUUCGUGAAAAGAUGGAACGGGUGGGGCAGCACGCAGUUGAUGGGGAAGAGGAUUUGGAUGAGCAGGAGCGCAAGGCUCUUGAAAGCGAAGCAUGGGUUAGAGAUAACGGGUGGAAGGAUCUGGUUCGCACCAUGUUUGCAAAAGGGAUGGGAAUUAGCAAGCUCACGCCACAAUACCUACCCGCGUUCCCAGAGCAGGGGGAGGACUGGCCAAUGCGUCCAGACAUACCCACUCAGCGCCUCCUCCGCUUCAAGUGGGAUCGAGAUCAUCAUGACCAGCACAACUGGGAGAUGAUUACCUUUAUUAGCGACUCAAUCGUUCGUCAUGGAGCAGCCCACUCACCUCGGGUUGCUCCCGCAAUUUUGGUUGUAUCCGAUGAGGACAGGCUGGAGAGUGUGAAGAAGCAGUUCAAGAGCUUGGCAAGAAAGAUGAAGGAUGCAGAGAAGGCGGGGCGUAAUGAAAACAUGCCAGAGCAAGGUGCAAACGAUGGAGGAGAAGUGAGGGUGGAUGAGGGUGAUGGGAUGGCGCUGGAUGAAGGCCUGAUGCAAGCACAGCCCUUGGUGGUGCCGGAGAAGGUAGAGCGGAAAUUGAAGGCCACAACACGACAGUCUCGUGCCCGAGGGAAGGUUGAAGUACGCACUUGCAAACGCACAAUGCCAGACGAGAGCAUUUAUAAGUCAUCAAAAUACGAUGCUGCUUUCAAGCCAACGGCGAUGUCUGAUGAUGAAGAUGAGUUUGGGAAUGGCGACAUUCCUACUGGACGGUUCAUUUCAAGGGCCCCAUUGUACCGCAGUGAAAUUCUUAUACAGCUGUAUCAAGCCGUUGAUGCAUGUGGUGACCCCGCUCCUGCAAAGCGCUACAUACCUCGGGUUGCAGGUGAAAUAAAGGACAUUCCACCGCCUGUGACUAAAAGUUUAUCAACGAGGAUCCGGCGCUGGAUGGUAAACAACGAGUGGCUUACCGACGAAGCAAAUAGUAUCUAUGAUACGCCGAGCCGAAUUGCAGAGAGUGGACGGCAAUGGGGUGAUGAGAAGGAUCCUGAGGAAAUUGAGGAAGCGCACCGAAAGGCAAAGGAGGAAAAGGAGGAGGCCAAGAGAAAGCAGCCGCGUAUUGAAGGCGGUGAAGUAGUGAUGGCAAGAAAAAAAAAGGUGAAGGGCAAGGCUGUACAGCCAGCUGCUCAGGACGAGAUGUGA